UUUCCUUCUUUCUUUCUUUCAGAGAUGUUCAUCAGCAUCGGUGUUCAGGCCGCGUGACCUCUCUCCAUUGGAGCUAAAGUUAAUUACUGUUCGUACACCGACGACACUCCUCUGAUGUGUUAAGCAACUUUGCUGAACAGGUUGAUGGAGAGCUGGUCGGAUGACAGCUGGAACUGUUGUCAUAACCGGAGGAAUACUGGCCACAGUGAUACUUCUCUGUAUCAUAGCUGUGCUCUGUUACUGUAGACUCCAGUAUUACUGCUGUAAGAAGAAUGGGUCUGAAAACGACUCGAUCUCUCAGCAGCAUUUCGCCUGCAACUCUUGCAGUGUCACCGGCUUGGACGGGCCAGCCAUCACCCCGCUGUCUCUGUCCCCGCCAGAACCGCCCAAAUCCUCCAAUUCCACCCAACCCAAAGAUGGCCGCCGCAGCUACUGCCCCACCUGCUCCCCCCACGACUCCCCCUUCUACAUACACACCGCUGACGAGAUGCGCAACGGUGGCGAGCGCAUCGCCUACAUGCCCACGCACUAUGACAACCGGGCGCUGGCGAUGCCGCUGCCCGCCGUCCGAGGCUCCCUGCUGAGGGACACUCGGAGAGGUCGACCUCCCGACUUCUACACCAACACCCGAGCCAUCAGCACAGAAGUGUGACCCCUCCCCCAACCACAAACUUUAUUUUACCCCCCACAUGUACUCUCCUGUCUUCACACACACCAGCACUGGCACCAAGACGAACACAGACGUCUUUCGGAUCCUCAGCGGUGCUGCCAGAGACUUUUUGGAGGUGACUGCUGAUUUAUCAAAGUAAAUGUCUGUUGCUAAUUAAUGUGAUAUUCCUUUUUUUAAAUGGGUUCCCCACGUCAUCGUUUUUAAACAAUAAUGCUCAAAAAGGGAUCACAAUCCGGACAGGAAGUGUAGAUAAUCUGUACAAAGAUGUAAGGCCGUCUUAAGAUAAUCAUGAGACAUGAGACUCAUGUUUAUUUCGUGCCACACGAAUCCCAAAUAACAGCUUUCUGGUGUUUGGAAGAAGUAAAAAAAAAAAAAAAGAAAAAAAGACAUGUUUUUUAUGAAGUGAUAUAGCAACAGGUAACAACCCCAGUGUGACUUUGUAGAUCCACAGAAGUUGAUUUAGAAUGACAGCAGCUCCACCAUCCAAGCAUCUUAUCUGAGCACUUCUGGAGGAUCACAUGAAGACAAAGAAUGGUCCAGAAAGUCAAAGUUCUUCCUUUCUAUCUUAACAAGCAGCAUUGCCUGAGCCCAUGGAUGCAGAGAUGGUCACUUAUUAUGAACACGAUGAUAUUCUCUUUGCUUACACAGAUGCAAAAACUUGUAAAUAUUGAGAUGAAAGCAAUCCAGUAAGUGUCAUUUGAUGUGUUCUGUCUUCACAUUCAUUCUAUAGUUUUACACUAUUCUCUUUUUGUAAUUUUCAAAGGUAAAAAAACAUUGUUGAUUAUGUGUGUAGACAUUUUUAAAAUUGAGAAACAGUCAGUUUCUUGCUAUAUUGGUCACUGUAUCUCUGUGUUUUAAGGCUGAAUAAAUCUAUGCGUUUUGAGGCUGA